CAGCCGUUCGUUCCUAUUCGGGACUGGCAGCCAGAGAAGCGACAGGAGAUGAUUUCACCAAAAAUGGAGGACAGUCUUUUGCCACCUGCGUGGGACAAUACAACGGCAACACCACAUGACCAGGACAAUGAGAUCUCACUUUACGUCAAGGCGGGCAGCGAUGGGGAGAGCAUCGGUAACUGCCCAUUCUCUCAGCGACUUUUUAUGAUCCUCUGGCUCAAAGGCGUCAUCUUCAAUGUCACCACCGUUGACCUCAAGAGAAAGCCUGCUGAUUUACAAGACCUGGCUCCAGGCACCAACCCUCCAUUUAUGACCUUCAACGGAGAGGUCAAGAUUGAUGUCAACAAAAUCGAGGAGUUCCUCGAGGAGAAACUGGCCCCACCGCGCUACCCAAGACUGUCACCGAAACAUCCGGAGGCCAACACAGCCGGCAUUGAUGUCUUUGCCAAGUUCUCUGCUUAUAUCAAGAACCCAAGGAAAGAAACCAAUGACGCCUUAGAGAAAGCACUGCUGAAGUCUCUUCGGCAUCUUGACGACUUCCUGCGGACUCCCCUAGCAGCUGAGAUUGACUGCGAUGCCCCGGGAGACGUCCCAGAGUCCACCAGGAGUUUCCUGGACGGACCAGAGCUCACCCUGGCCGACUGCAACCUGCUUCCUAAAUUACACAUCCUGAAGGUGGUAGCCAAGAAAUAUCGUGGAUUUGACAUCCCCGCAGAGAUGUCGGGCAUUUGGCGCUACUUGAACUGUGCCUAUCAGAGAGAGGAAUUCAACAACACCUGCCCAGCCGAGAGGGAAAUCGAGUUUGCCUAUGCCGAUGUUGUUAAAAAAGUUAAAUAAAAGGUCCAGUCAUCCAGUAAUCGAGAUCAGAGGUGGGUAAAGUAUGGCCAGAGGGUAUUGGGGGGACCAAAAAAAAAAAAAAAAAAACAAGCAUGGUUGUGUAUUUCACAGUGUAAGCCAACAAUCAAGUUUUCAUGUUUGAAAGUUAGACCAAAUAGCACACAAAAAAAAGACAUUUAAAAUGCCUGCGUCGUCUAAUUGUUAUCUCUUAUUUGCAUUGUUUUUGUUACACAACUAUUUUAGUACUAGGUUUUAUCAUUCACAAGUGUUAGGAUUACAUACGGAUGCGCAUUUUGCACUGUCAAUUUAUCACGAAACGUCUUUCUUUGAUUUAUGAUCGGACUCACUGUUUAUCCGAGUGUGCCCGCUCAACAAAAUAUGGAAAGUGUCAAAUCCUGAAUAAAGUCUCCUUACUACGCUCAUGUUGUGAUCUUGAAUUUCCUUUGUUUGGGUUUAUCAACUCAAAUCCUGUCACGGUUGCCUCAGAUGAAAGUGAGAACCACCGGGUGGGGAGUCAGUGACUUGUGGAUUUUCGCUAUUUGUGUUCCUGUACAUGAAAGCCAUUAAACGCAUUGAAAGCAGAUUUUUAUUGUCAUCGGCUAAAAACAUUGUUGUGAAAAGCAGUUGUCAGUUGAGUCUGUGUUGUAGGCCCAAAUCUU